AAUUAAAUAAAUAAAAAAAUCUCAAAAGAGCCAGAAAACGGGAGGAAGUCUCUAUUCCUCUCAUUGGCUCUACAAUCCUCCUUUUCCGUUUAGGUUCCGUUCUCCUCCAACACAAUUCCCUGUAAUUAUGUACAGGCAAUCCUCGAUCUCGAUGCGGAAGCUAUGCCCGAACUUCGACAAGGAGGACGGCCUCGACACGGUGCUGGAGGUCCCUAUACCGGAGGAGAUGUUCACCAACAUGGGGACCAAUGCCGUGGUACGCUGGCAGAACCUCCGGGCCCUCAUGAGGGCCCCAUCCGCCGGGGGCGACGGGAAGUCGUCAUCAUCAUCCUCGACGUCCCACCUGUCCUCAGGCUCUAGCAGCGAGUUCAUGGCCCUGCUCAAGCUCGUGGGAGCCCCUCUCAUCCCGUUCCAGGUCCAGUCCGACCACGCCCUCACCCGGCCCAUUAGGGACGGCUCCAUCGAAGCAUCAACCGCGAAAUACAUUGUCCAACAGUACGUAGCUGCCACAGGUGGCCAGGCGACGCUGAACGCAGUGUGCAGCAUGUACGCGGUAGGGCAAGUGAAGAUGAUCGGGUCUGAGAUGCGCCAGACCGAUGGCAGCGUACACCCUCAAGGAGCCUGUGAAGUUGGAGGAUUCGUGUUGUGGCAGAAGAACCCCGACCUCUGGUACCUAGAGCUCGUUGUCUCGGGUUUCAAGGUCAGCGCCGGUAGCGAUGGCAAGGUCGGCUGGAACCAAUCCUCUUCCCAGCCUUGUCACGCCAGCAGAGGCCCGCCACGGCCCCUCCGCCGGUUCUUUCAGGGCUUAGAUCCUAGGUCGACUGUCAAUUUAUUCUUAGAGGCGGUAUGCAUAGGAGAGAAGACCAUAGGAGAGAAGACCACCGACGAGGAGGAUUGCUUCGUGCUUAAGAUCGAGGCACCCCCAAGUAUCCUACGAGCCCAGAGCUCGCCCAACACCGAGCUCAUCCACCACAAGGUGUGGGGCUACUUCAGCCAGCGAACGGGCCUUCUGGUCCACUUCGAGGAUACGAAGCUGGUGCGGAUGAAAAACAACAAUAAGGGGAAGGGAAGCGAUGUUGUUUUCUGGGAGACUACCAUGGAGACCGAUAUCUGGGAUUAUCGGUAUGUAGACGGGAUUAACAUUGCGCACGGUGGGAAGACAUGCGUGACGUUGUUCAGGUAUGGCGGCGCAAUGCACCACAAGAGGAAAAUAGAGGAAACAUGGACGAUCGAGGAGGUCGACUUCAACAUUUGCGGGCUGUCGAUGGACUGCUUCUUGCCACCGGCGGACGUGAAGAGGGAACCGGAAAAUGGAGAUCAUGGAAUCGUCAGCUAGCAAGAAAUCUCUUCUUCUCUUUUCUUUCUUUCUUUCUCUUUUUUUUUUUUUGGU